AUGUAUGAGCACCGCGGUCGAUGGUUUGUUCUCCUCGACGCUGCCUGUUUUGUAAGCUGCUCACCUCUGGAUCUAAGCCAAUAUCCCGCUGAUUUUGUGCCGAUAUCUUUCUACAAAAUGUUCGGCUUCCCGACUGGACUCGGAGCCUUGCUGGUGAGGAAUGAGGCUGCUGAGGUCUUGAGAAAAACCUACUUUGGAGGAGGGACAGCAGCGGCUUAUCUUGUGGCAGAGAACUAUUUUGUACCAAAGCCAAAUGUAGUCAGCAGGUUUGAGGAUGGCACAAUCUCCUUCCUUGACAUCAUUUCUCUCCAUCAUGGUUUUGAAACACUUCAGAAACUUACAGGCGGUAUGCUGAACAUUCAGCUUCACACAUUUGGUCUAGCUCGCUACACCUACAUUGUCCUCUCGUGCCUGCGUCAUAGCAAUGGAAAACCUGUGGCUCAGAUCCACUAUGAUAAUGACUUUCAGAAUAUUGCUGAACAGGGUGCAAUCCUCAACUUCAGCCUACUGGACUGUCAUGGACGAACAGUAGGAUAUUCUCAGGUGGACAAAAUGGCCAGUCUCUUCAACAUUCAUAUCCGCACAGGCUGUUUCUGCAACACGGGAGCCUGCCAACAUUAUCUGGUUAUCAGCAACCAAAAUGUGAGGAGUAAUUUGCAUGCCGGUCACAUCUGUGGAGACAACAUUGAUCUGAUUGAGGGACGUCCCACAGGAUCCAUUCGUGUGUCUUUUGGAUAUAUGUCUAGUUUUGAGGACUGUCGGAACUUUCUUCGGUUUGUUGUGAACUGUUUUGUGGACAAACCACUAAUCCUGGACCAAAAGAGACUAAUCAAGCUAAAGUCAGCUGAACCGAUGGAGUCUGCAGCAUCUUAUGACCUACCAUCAAAACCAAAUGGCCAACUAGGGCAUGAGAAUGGACAAGUUAUCACUCCUUCACCUGAGAGAAUAACACCAUCUGGAGACACUGUGUCAAAAGAAGGAAAGAAGAACAAUGGCAGUAGCCAUACAUUAACAAAUCUCUUCAUCUAUCCUGUCAAAUCAUGCGCAUCAUUUGAGGUGACAGAGUGGCCACUGGGACCACAGGGUUUGUUGUAUGACCGUUUGUGGAUGGUUGUGAAUGAGAAUGGAGUUUGUUUGAGCCAAAAAAGGGAGCCAAAGCUGUGUCUCAUCCGUCCUGUCAUCUGUCUGGCCUCUAACACACUGCAGCUGCAGGUCUCAGGCAUGGAGGCAGUCACUGUUCCCUUGGAGACCAGUCUAACGAAUUCAGAUCUAAGAACAUCCCAAAGCAAAGUUUGUGGUGACAGGGUACAGACAGUGGAUUGUGGAGAGGAAGUUUCAGCCUGGCUUUCUGAGUUUCUGGGGAAAACUUGUCAUCUUAUAAGGCAAAGGCCUGAAUUCCUGCGUGAUAUGAAAUUUGGGCGAGCAAAAGCGGGGGACUGUGGUGCCACUGCUCUCUCUCUAGUGAACGAGGCACAGUUUCUGCUUAUUAACAGAGCCAGUGUGUCUUUUCUGCAAGAACACAUUGCCAACAGAUAUGAUAGUGUGAAUGAAGGAACAUGGCACGACAUGGAGCAGCUCAUUCAGCGUUUUAGGGCAAAUCUGGUCAUCUCAGGACAGGAGGCAUUUUCAGAGGACGGCUGGUCUCACUUGACAAUAGGAGACACACAGUUUCAGGUGAUUGGGAGAUGUGGCCGCUGUCAGAUGAUUGGAGUUGAUCAGAAAUCAGCCACUAGGACCCAGGAACCCCUUCGGUCUCUUUCUGAAUGCAGAAGUGGACAGGUGACUUUUGGUGUUUACUUGGCUCACCAGACAGCAAGGAACACCACUGCUGUCCUCAUCUUAUCCGUAGGCGCCUGUGUUAUUCCACGAAUAUCAGAAUCUACUGAGAAACCUUAGAAUUAUUUUGUCAUUUUUGUUUGAUUUUUAAAUGAACAAAUGAAUGUA